UCACCUCCAGCGGAGAAACUUUCCUGGAGUUCUCGGCUCCUCUGACCGCGGAGCGACUCACUCACUGUCCGGAGGAAGCCGCGGCAGCUCGGACACGCUGCGAGCCACAGGAGGACACGGAGCGGAGUCUCAUUCACCCCCCCCCGCCCCCCGAGGAACGUUUUUACGAGACAUGCCCUUUUUUAUUUGACACUUUUGACAGUGAAACCGACGCUUUUCUUUGGGUAAAGUUAGCUUACUGAGGUUGGAGGUCGAUACCUACAUGAAUAUGCUCAGGAAUACACAGGUUUUUGUUACUUUCAAGAAGUGAAAGAUUUUUUUAAAGGAGCCGAAAUUAACCUGGACAGCCCCCUGCCUCACUCACUGCCUCCCAAACUUCACUCACUGCUCGGUGUCGACAUGUCUUGGAUUAACCGGGGCCUCUUAUUUGUCUUCGGUGUGUUGCUGUGUGUGUCAGCGGAGCAGCAGCAGGGCCAGAGCGGCUUCAGGAGGCUGUACGUACUGCAGCCCCGACCGGGGCCGGGGCCGGGUUCGAUCGGAGGGGACGGCGGGGUGCGGGUCAGCUCCAUCUCGACGCGUCAUGGCGCGGCGGGGCAGCCGCACACGUACAACGUGGAGCUCGCCGCCAACUACGGCGGCCAGGUCCGGACCCGCAGGAUGGGGAACCAGGCGGCUCCGGUGCCCCAGUUCAGCCCGCAGCAGCCAUCAGUGGUCCGGCACAGCGGACAGGAGCAGAGCCAGCAGCGGCAGGUUAUGAAGCUGUCCGGGGUGAACAUCUGUGGAGGGCAGUGCUGUCAUGGAUGGAGCAAAGCUCAGGGGUCGCAGCGGUGCACGAAGCCCAACUGCAUCCCUCAGUGCCAGAACGGAGGAAUGUGCCUCAGGCCUCAGCUCUGUGUCUGUAAGCCUGGCUCCAAAGGGAAGGCAUGUGAACAGAAGACGGUGUCCACACACCCUUUUCCAGCACUGCCUGGGAAUGAACCCACGAAUGGACACACCACCGGUCACACGAAUGGACACACCACUGGUCACACUAAUGGACACAAUGUAGUACCCCAACGGCCCAUACCUCAGCAAGUGCCUCCCAGUGGGUACGCUUCUGCCCCCCCACCAGCUAGCAACAUGGCUCAGAUGAAACUAACCGUCAAGCCGUACCCUCAGCUUGUGCGACCACAUUAUGUGCAGCAACACAUCCAACAGCACAUCCGGUCCAUGCCCAUGCACCCAGUUCAGAGCCAGCAGUAUGUUAUAAAGCCCAAAUACUACCACACACACACUACACACACACAGACACAUGUUCAGUCCCAACCAGAGAGACCAAUCCCCCUAAGAGUUGGACACAGCCCCUUCCACGUGGGCAACCAUACAGGAAGGAUCAAGGUGGUCUUCACACCCACCAUCUGCAAGUUAACCUGCAUUGGAGGCAGGUGUCACAACAACUGUGAGCUGGGAAACACCACUACCAUCAUCAGUGAGAAUGGCCAUGCCACAGACACCCUGACAGCACCCAACUUCAGAGUAGUGGUUUGUCAUCUUCCAUGUAUAAAUGGCGGAAAGUGCAGCUCCAGGGACAAGUGUCAGUGUCCUCCCAACUUUACUGGAAAGUUCUGCCAGAUGCCGGUUCAGAAUGGACACCAGCAGCACCAGCAGCAGGCAGGCGGCUACAGCCAAACUCAGGUCCACUCCACACACACGCUGCCACUGACCUACAGCAACGCCCAGAGCAAUGUGUUCAGCCCCAGUAUUGUCAACAUCCAUAUCAAACAUCCUCCAGAAGCCUCUGUCCAGGUUCACCAGGUUUCCCAGCUGGACAAUUUCCACAACAACGGCCACCAGCUGAAAGGUUCCCAGUCAGGCUCCUCUUCAUCCACCAGCUACACCUACCACCACACAGACAGCAGCCAGAAGAUCCAGCACCAUGGCUACAACAUAGUCUAUCCCAGCCAGCAUGGCUACCAGGUUCCUCAGUACCAGCCUGUUACCUCCAAGAACACACUGGGCCGCUGCUUCCAGGAGACUGCAGGCAGUCAGUGUGGGAAGGCUCUGCCAGGUCUCACUAAGCAGGAGCAGUGCUGUGGAACCAUUGGAACAUCCUGGGGUUUCCACAAAUGCCAGAAGUGUCCAAUGAAACAAUAUUUGGAUGAGUGCCAGCUGCAGGGUGUGUGUCCCAAUGGAAACUGUCUGAACACCGUGGGCAGCUACAGGUGCAUGUGUAAACCUGGCUAUGUCCCAGACCCCACACUCAGCACUUGCAUACCCGACACUCCUGCCAUCCAAGAGGAGAAGGGGGCUUGCUUCCGUUUGGUCAGCUCAGGGAGACAGUGUUUGCACCCAGUUUCUGCCCAGCUGAGUAAACAGCUCUGCUGCUGCAGUGUGGGCAAAGCCUGGGGCCCUCAUUGUGACAAAUGCCCCCCUCCAGGAACAGCUAAGUUCAAAGAGAUCUGUCCUGGUGGAAUGGGCUACACUGUUCUCCCAAAUCCACCUGUCAAUAAGCCAGUCACUGUUUACCAGCAGCCCAUUGACCUGCAACCCCCCCAGCCCCUGCCAACGCCGGAGAGACCAGUGGAGGCUUUUGGGAAACCAGAGGAGAUGAUACCAGUAGCAACAACUGCACCAGAUCAGGAGCUGAUAGAUCCUGUGUUUAGUGAUAGGCCAGUAGUUGAACCUAUCCUGCCCCAGCUAUCUCCAGGUGUGUCCACUGUGAAGAUGGAGGCAGCCUACCCAGAGGUGGUCGUGAAGAGUUCUCCACCUGCACCAGUGGAGAUCCUCCCAUCUAAUGCAGGCCAGGACAUCGCCCCCACACAGUCAACUGAGGUGGAUGAGUGCCAGAUCAACCCUUACAUUUGUGGCCAGGGGAUUUGUUACAACACCAAUGAGGGCUACACCUGCCACUGUGAUGAAGGAUACCACCUGGAUGAUGCCCAAACCACCUGUGUUGAUUUAGAUGAGUGUUUGGAAAGCCCAUCUCUGUGCGUUGGCGGUCACUGCAAGAACACAGAGGGCAGUUUCCUGUGUGUGUGUCUAUUGGGAUUCCUGGUUGAUGAAGAGGGAACCAGUUGUGUUGAUAUCGAUGAAUGUAUAAACACAACAGUGUGCCCCUCUGGAAUCUGUUUCAAUGUGCCAGGGAGUUACAACUGUGGCUCUUGUCCUGAUGGCUUCGUGGCACAGGGAGGCCAGUGUGUAGAUAUAGAUGAGUGCCAGGAUCAGCGGGUCUGUACCAGAGGCCACUGUCUGAAUACUGAAGGCUCCUUUAUCUGCGAGUGUGGGCCAGGCUUCAGAGUGUCAGCGUCUGGAGACCAGUGUGACGAUGUGGAUGAGUGUGUAGAGGAAACCAGGCCCUGUGCGGCUGUAGGGGAGUGUGUGAAUAACAUGGGCUCCUACACCUGUACCUGCCCACGGGGAUACCAGCAGAUCGAUGGCACCAGCUGCAGAGAUGUUGACGAGUGUAUGGAUGAGCCGGAACACUGUUCCCCCAACGGCGUGUGUCUCAACACAGAGGGAUUCUAUAUGUGUGUGUGUGAGAGUGGAUUUACUGCCAACGUCGACACACCCUCCUGUGAUGAUAUUGAUGAGUGUGGUCUCAAUGAGACACUGUGCGGCUCUCACGGCUUCUGUGAGAACAGACUGGGCUCCUACCGAUGUCUCUGUGACCAGGGCUCCCAGGAGACCCCGGAUGGCCAAGGCUGUGUGGAUGUGAAUGAGUGUGAGGUGCUGAGCGGUGUGUGUGGAGAAGCUCAGUGUGUGAACAUGGACGGUUCCUUCCACUGCAUGUGUCCCAGCGGCCAGGACUAUAACGUCAUGAACGCCAAGUGUGAGCCUGUUCCCACAGCUUCAUCGGUGGAGCGUAAGGAGUGCUACUAUCGCCUGAAUGAUGAGAACCUGUGUGAGAGUGUGCUGACCAGCCACGUCACCCUGCAGGAGUGCUGCUGCACACUGGGAGCUGGCUGGGGCGACAACUGUGAGGUACAUCCCUGCCCUGUCAAUGGCACAGACCACUUUAACCAGAUGUGUCCAUAUGGAAGAGGUUUUUUCCCCAGUGCUGACUUGACGUAUGAAGUACCCACUGCUGACACUUAUAAAAAUGCAGAUGAAUGUACACUGUUUGGCCAGGAGGUGUGUAAAGGAGGCUUCUGUCUGGAUACUGUGGGAAGCUAUGAGUGUUACUGCAAGACUGGACAGGACUACGACCCUACCAAGCUGGAGUGCAGAGACAUCAAUGAGUGUCUGGAUGAGUCUGUGUGUGUUGGCGGACAGUGUCUGAACACAGAUGGCUCAUUCAUGUGUUUCUGUACACAUCCAAUGGUGUUGGACCCCAUCAGCAAACGCUGUGUAUUCAUUCCUGACGUGGCCGAGCAACAUGAGACAGAGCAGGUCGACUACCAGGGGAUCUGCUGGCAGACGGUUACAGAGACCAUGACAUGCACACAGCCGCUGGGUAUCAACAGGAAGACCACAUACACAGAGUGCUGCUGUCUGUACGGAGAAGCCUGGGGAAUGGAUUGUGCCCUGUGUCCCCAGAGGGACACCGAGGAUUAUGCCUCCAUGUGUAACAUACCUCUUGGUGGUGGGCGGCGGCCAUAUGGUCAUGAUGCCCUGACUGCCGGCCCGGUCCAUGAAUACGAAGUGAGGCCAGACUACUCUCCAUCACCUGAGCAGCAGGCUUUCCUGCCCUUCUAUGAGAACCAGGAGCAUCCAUUCAAAGCAUUUGAGGGUUUGCAAGCAGAAGAGUGUGGGAUACUGAACGGUUGUGAGAAUGGUCGGUGUGUGCGGGUUCAGGAGGGAUACACCUGUGACUGCUUCGAUGGAUACACCUUGGACCUGUCCCGCAUGACCUGCAUUGAUGUGAACGAGUGUUCAGAACUGAACAAUCGGAUGUCGCUGUGUAAAAACGCAAAAUGCAUCAACACAGUGGGCUCCUAUCAGUGUGUGUGUCUGCCGGGGUUCACUGCCUCUGAUAAACCCAACUUCUGUGUGAAGAUUCCAACACACCACACGUCAACACACACACAGUGAGCAUGGACAGGUGGCGACAAGAGACACAAAACACACGCACAAGCUUGUAUUACUAUACUUGUGAGGACGUCCAAUACAUCCAGUCAGUGCCAAAUCCUGAUCACCGACCUCUAAGUUCAUCUCCCUGGUUCGGUCAGUGUCCAGCAGCGCUCCCUAAUCCCAAAACACUUCAUAGCUCAUCCUCGGCAGUGAGGAUUAUUUGAGAUGUGGGGGUCAUGUACCGAAAUUAGCAAGAGAACCUUUAACUGUUAAAAUCUAUUUAUAAUCUUAAUCAAACCUUCAAAACCUUGCCCCUUGAAUUGACUUCAAAUCUUAAUCCAUAAUUUAAAGAAAAUCCAAAUCCAGAUCUGCCAUUUACCAAUGUCAUUGUCACUAUUUUCACUCACUCCCUGUUCUCCAUCACUGUUUUUUACUUUACCUCUGUUGUUAUAUAUUUAUUAUACUUCUUGGUUUAGUAGUUUUCCAAUAAAAUUAAUCCAAAUAUUAUAUAAGCACUUCCAAUGUUAAGGCCUAAUUUUGUAAAAGGCCUGAAAGUAUAAUUUUUUUAAUGGAUUUUCAGAGACUGCAAUGUAAAUAAGGUAACUAGCUUAUUUCUUAUGUUUACCUUGUUUAAGGAAAUAUUUGGCAUUUAGGGACAUGUUUAUGCAUUUAGAGAUAGAUGGGAAGAUUUCAUAAGAUGUCAUUAGCCUAGCUUUGUGCUUAGGGGAAACACCUAGCAUAUAGUCUAUAUGACAACAUUUUUGAAAUAAAGUCAGUGUAUUUUCCCAAAUGUUGAACUCUUCCAAAAGGAUGAGUUUUGAUUGAUCGAGGACAGAACCUUUGUUUUUUUUAAAACAGUCAGUUUGGAGAACAAACUGCUGAAAUACGUGUAGAACAAUAUGUCCAUACAGGACGUGUAGUGUGAGAGCAGCAGAACAGAAUGAGUUCAGGCACAGUGUUUUGUGUAGCUGCCCAGAGUCACAUGUAUAGUAAAACACCAGCUGUUACAAUGACUGUAGGGAAAGCUGGAUAGAUUUAUGCCCUGUUCAGACCCGACACUAACAUAUGUCUCAGGUGCCCCGAUCACUAUCGGACAGCUGUAAGAACAAGUGUGAUUGCGAGAUCCAACCACUCAGACCACAUUUAGAGUUGGUCUGGGACGCAUGUUGAUACAGUCUCUGACCAGUGUAAACACAACUGUGUCCAGCCUACUCAGCUGAUUUCCUCUGUGUAGAUGGGAGAACAUGCUCAUUUGGCAUCAAUGAUGUUGACAGCAGGCGACAGGAUUCUCAUAAAUGAAGUAAACAUUGACGGGAUAGUUCACAGAAAAAUUAAAAUUCACUCAUAUUCUACUCACCACUAUGCCAAUGGAGGGGUGGGUGAAGCGACUUUUGGAGUUUCAGGGGUAAACAGCGG